AGUCCCCGUCUGCAGGCUCAGACUGAGGCUCAGGCUCGGGUUCGGGCUCGGGGAAGCUGACGGACAAAGAGCUGCUGCCUGUCCGUGUCUCGUCCAUCUACAUAAAAAGGAAGAGCAGGAACCAGAAACAGAUGGGAGAGCUCGGAGGGACGCAUCUCCCAGGCACAGAUCUGCCUGUCGUACAACCCUAAGCAACGCGGCACUCUGGAUAGUUAUAUAAAGGAGAGUUCAUAGCUAUCAUCAUGGCAGCGUCAACCCGUGAGCCCUACAGGGGGUCCUGUCGUUGCGGCCUCAUCCGCUAUGUGGCAUACAUCACCAUGCCGCCCGCCAUCAGUCCCGACGGCAAAGUCGACCGCUACUCCUCCGUCCACUUCUACAAGUGCAACUGCACCGCCUGUCUCAAGUUUGGCCUCUUCCAUAUGCGUCUGCCCAAAGCACCGCAGGAUUUCCUGCUGCUCUCUCCUCUUCAUCCGGAAAAUGACCUGACUGCCUACAAGAUUCUCGAGGAGGGGUCGACUUGGUACUUCUGUCCCACUUGUGGCGUCCGCUGUUUCUCCUUCGGAGGAAAGGGCAGGGUUAAGGAGGUGGAUGUUGAGGAGUGGGCGACCAAGCCAGCUGAUACAACAGACGUGAAGGCUGCUGCUGCCGCCGCCGCCGCCGCCGCCGCCGCCGCAGGAGAUGAAGGCCCAAAGAAGAUCAAGACAAAGGCCUGGACGAUCGACGAGGAUGGCUGGGAUGAAGGGCUAAGAUCUUGCUAUCUCUCGGUCAAUGCGCAGACUCUUGAGCCCGAAGAUGGCCUCGACCUCAGAGAGAUAGUUGACAAAAAGUGGCUCGGUUAUCUCGACUACCGCGAGAUGCAGGAGAAACAGCGCUUCGAUCGUCCUCAUGUCGGCGGCUCCUGGUGAUGGAUAACUAGCUGGCUUUGUAUAUAGUUUCAUGCAAUGAAGCAUGUAGUCACGCCUCCUUUAGGCCCAAUUAGGAAGCUCAACCUUCUGGGCCUGGAAAAUAAACAUCACGUGAUAUCGAAUUUUUGAGGUGAAACAGCCCUCCAAGCCGUAUUCAAUCUAUUUUAUUUCUGACUAUUGAACUUGCUCUCUUGAUAAUGGGGUUUUUUUUUUUUUUAGGAA